AUGGAAGGCCUUGAGAAGUGCACAUAUGGAACUAUAGCUGAAGGUAAGAAAAUAACGAGAGUGGAAUUGCUGGGUCUAUUGAGGAUACUCAUUGUGGGCAAAUCUGGCUGUGGGAAAAGCGACACAGGGAACAGCAUCCUCUGCCGACAAGCAUUAGAGUCCAGACUUGGAGCCCAGUCAGUGACCAGGACCAGCCAGGCAGAGAUGGGCACAUGGAAGGGAAGGAGUUUCUUAGUGGUAGACAUGCCACCCAUCUUUGAAUCAAAGGCCCAGAACCAAGAAAAGGACAUUGGAGACUGCUACUUGCUGUGUGUGCCAGCACCCCAUGUACUGUUACUGGUGACACAGCUGGGACGCUUCACAGCCCAGGACACCAUAGCUGUGAGGAGGUUGAAGGAGAUCUUUGGGGCCGGAGUCAUGAGACAGAUGAUUGUCCUCUUCACCCACAAGGAAGACAUGGCAAAUGAGACCUUGCAUGAGUUUGUGACCCACACUGACAACCACAACCUGAGCAGCCUGGUCCAGGAGUGUGCGAGGAGGUACUGGGCCUUUAAUAACAGGGCUUCUGGGGAAGAGCAGCAGGGGCAGCUGGCAGAGCUCAUGGUCCUGGUGAGAAGGCUGGAGCAGGAGUGUAAUGGCUCUUUCCACAGCAAUGACCUCUUUCUUCAUGCCUCUGUGUUCCUUAGUAGUAACAGCAGUGAGCGCCAGGAAGCCUACAGGUGCUACCUGGCCAAGGUGAGGCAGGAGGUAGAGAGGCAGAAGCAGGAGCUGAAGGAGCUCGAGGGCAGCUGGGUGGCUAAGAUGCUUUGCAGAGUCCACACCUGCAUGGGCUCCAACAUCACAGCAGCCACCCUUCUUAUUGUGUGCCGUUUGAUAUUUAUUGUCAUUUUAAUUAACUUGUGUAUUGCCCAGGGGCACUGAGUCUUUUCAGGGGAUUUCCACCAUCAGCUCCCUCCCCCAGUGUUCACCAUCUCUGUCCAUGCUGGGCAUCUCAGUUCCACUCUCAUUGAUUCCCUCGAGUCAAACUCGCCAGUUUUCUUCUAAGUAACAUUAUGUAAAUUGCCAGGGGCUGUGAGAGUUACAGCAGGUGACAACUAGUGUUCAGAUUUCAACCCACCAGAGGAAUGGUUAUCUGAUGGAGGUUAAUUGUUGGGGGAUGUCCUUCUGUAUGUAUGCUUCUCUUAUUGGUUGAUAAACAAAACUCUGUUUGGCCA